AAUAACACACUCACAGUCGCGCGUUACAUUCUUACUAUCUGCAAUAAAUUAGCUGGCUACUUUACUGCAAAAUCAACGGAAGGCCAAGCUAUAAAGUUAUCUGUGACUUUAUUUGUAUUCUUAACCCAUGUAACUAGGUAGCCUACUCAGUGGUAACUCUGGAAGAUCAAAGAAUGAAGUCAGCUCUCUUACGUUUGCAGAAACUCAAACGCGCCCGAUUCUAAAAUGUUUUACUAAUUGCUAUCCUGUUCGCUAACGUAAGAUACUUAGCUAGCCACAGUACUUUUUCUUUAAAUUAAAUCACAUUUCACCGUCGCGUACAUAUGACGUUGCCGAGUUGAAACAUGUGGGGUUGUGUGCUAAUGUAGGUGCGUAGUACAGACAACUGGAAAACACAAUAAACAGCGUCAGGAUUACUUUUUGGUGACAUCGAAACGUUUCAUAUAGUAACCUUUCUAAAACAAACAAAAUGUCUUCGAGUUGUCGUAGACCCGAACACAUGGCACCGCCAGAGGUGUUUUACAACGACGAAGAAGCCAGGAAGUACUCUCAGAACUCGCGUAUGAUUGAGAUCCAGAGUCAGAUGUCUGAAAGAGCAGUGGAGCUGCUGAACUUGCCGGAGGACCAGCCUUGUUUCUUGCUAGACGUGGGGUGUGGCUCAGGGUUGAGUGGAGAUUAUCUGUCUGAGGAGGGACAUUACUGGGUGGGAGUGGACAUCAGCACUGCCAUGUUGGAUGUAGCCCUAGACAGAGAAGUAGACGGAGACCUGCUGUUGGGUGACAUGGGCCAGGGGAUGCCUUUUAGGCCGGGGACCUUUGAUGGCUGUAUAAGUAUUUCUGCGCUGCAGUGGCUGUGUAAUGCUGACAAAAAGUCACACAGUCCCCCUAAGAGGCUCUACACCUUUUUCAGCACACUCUAUUCCUCACUGGCUCGGGGAGCCCGUGCUGUUUUUCAGAUAUAUCCAGAAAACUCUGAACAGCUUGAGCUGAUCACAGCUCAGGCCAUGAAGGCUGGCUUCACUGGCGGCAUGGUGGUGGACUACCCAAACAGCACCAAAGCCAAAAAGUUCUUCCUCUGCCUCUUUGCUGGAGUGUCAGGAGUACUCCCCAAGGGAUUGGGCUCUGAGACAGCGGACAGAGGUGUUUCCAAUCAAGUCCAAUUCACUGGACAGAGGUCUCGCUUCAAAAAUUUGAAGGGGAAAUCGGUGAAAAAGAGUAAGGACUGGAUCCUGGAGAAGAAGGAGAGAAGACGACGACAGGGCCGGGAGGUCCGAGCCGACACAAAGUACACCGGGCGGCAGAGGAAGCCACACUUCUGACCUCCAAAUCAGCCUUGUGUUGCGCUUGGCUGGAUUCACGGACUGCACCUCCAGACGCCUUCUGACAGCAUGCCGAGGCAACACGGUUCCUGACAGAUGCCUCAUGUAAUCCGUGCUGCUGCAGUUGGCCUGGCACAAAAUGAAACGGCUCCUGUAAAAGAACCAGACUUACAAGAGGACUUUGAAGCUACAUUUUCUGCCCAUUGAUCAAAGUGCAGACACGUUGGCUUUUUUCCCUCAGAAGGAAAAGAUGCCUUUAUUAUUGAGGUGAACAAAUGUAUUAAAGUAGCAGGUUGCUCCCUUUGUUUUGAGCUUAGUGUGUUUUGGGUUCUUCACUCUGUGUAAAGGUUGUUUAUUAUAGUGGCAUUAGCAAAGCCAACUGGAGUGAGUCAACAAUGCUGCAUUCAGUGAAUCUUACAUACAUACAUGCAUGUUUACUGUUUAAUUUUAAAGAGACCAGUUUAUGUUUGAGCAUUGUCCAUUUAUUUGUUUAACACAGUUGUCUUCUUAGCUGAGCUAAGAUACAAAAUAGGAUUGUUAAUGCAGUAUAU